AUGAUGCACUUGCUUCGCUUUCUCUGUGCUCCCCCUCCUCCCCGUGCCGGUUCCAAGGCCUUCACCAGGCGCUCCCUCUUCCAAAGGCUCCUGCUGCAGCUUUCCCGGGCCAACUCCCACCCACUCGGGAGGGAGCCUCCCCUGGCCACCCGUGACCAGGUGAGAGGCGCACCUCCGGAUGGGUGCCUGCGACUGAUCGUGUGCACGUGGGUCUGCCCAGCCCCUGGGAAGGGAGGCAAAGGCGCUCUGCACACCAUGUCCUCCGGCAAGAGUCACAGGGCAGCAAAGAAGCGCCCUCAACACCCAGAAAGUAAAACCAAAGGUUGGGGCUCCGGGGCCGGGGCAGGGGGAGGUCUGGGCUCCCGGGGGCACUCGGCCAGCGCUGCAGUCCGGGGGUGCGGCCUAUCCCUCCAUGCAGGCGACCCCGGAGGGGAUGCUGGGCUGGGCACGGGAGCGGUGGUCAGCGCUUGCCAGGCUGCUGGCCCCUGCGGGAGCCCAGGGAAGGGCCUGCGGGCCUCAGGCGGCUUCCUCUGCCUCGGGCCAGUGCCGCCCGUCCUCUGCCCGCCCUUCUGUCCACCCGCUUUCUCCGCGGGCCUCCGCUCGCUGUGGGGCCCGCUGGACAUGCCCUGCCCGCCCGCAGGCCAAAGCUACUGGACCUCGGACUGCGAUGGCCAGGUGCAGCUGCGGCUGAGCAAGAACUCGCUGAACAAUGAGGCGCCGCUCACCGUGCACGACAUGGUCAUGGACACGGCCAUCAAGUACGCCAACUACAUCGCGCUGGGCUCCAAGCACAGGAACGGCUGGCACACACUCACCUACAUCGAGUACUACGAGCAGUGCCGGCGCGCCGCCAAGGCCUUCCUCAAGCUGGGCCUGGAGCGCUUCCACGGCGUGGGGAUCAUGGGGUUCAACUCAGCGGAGUGGGUCAUCGCCAGCAUCGGAGCCAUCUUGGCAGGAGGUUUCUCUGUUGGCAUCUUGUCCACCAACUCCCCAAAAGCCUGCCAGGUCAUCGCUGAGAACGUGGAGAUAGACAUCUUUGUGGUGGACAGCGACAGGCAGCUGCAGAAAGUCAUCCAGAUCCAGAGCUCCCUGAAGCACCUCAAGGGCAUCGUGCAGUACACGGAGGAGAUUCAGAUGGUGCAGGAGAAUCUAUAUUCGUGGAAGGAGUUCCUGAACCUGGCAGGUGACAUCUCAGAUGAGAAACUUGACCAGGUCAUUGACUCCCAAAAACCCAACCAGUGUUGCACCUUGGUCUGCAGCGUGGGGUCUCUGAGCCCCUUGAAGGUCAUGAUGCUGAGCCAUGACAACAUUACCUGGACCACAGCAGCUGCCGUCCAGAGCCUCUGUUAUAAGUGUCCCCCAGAAGGGCAGGAGGUCCUGGUGAGCUACUUGCCACUCAGCUACAUCGGGGCCCAGAUUUUCGACAUGUGGGUGGCCAUCUUGGUGGCUGGGACACUGUACUUCGCCCCACCAGAGGCUGGGAGAAUGGGCAUGAUUCCACGUCCCCCUGGCACGGGCUUCCUGAUGGACAUGCUGCGGGAGGUGCAGCCCACCACGUUCUACGGCAUCCCGUGGAUCUGGGAAAGGAUGCUGGACAACCUCAAGACCAGCCACCUGGACUCCUCUACCUUCCGCCGGAAGCUGGACCGGUGGGCCAUGAGGCUGGGGCUCCACACCAACAAGCAGCGGAUGUUGGAGCAGGUCCACCCCCCGCUGUGCUUCCGCCUGGCCAAGAUGCUGACCUUCGACAGAGCCAGGAAGUUCUUGGGCCUGAGUCACUGCGAGCAGUUCUUCAACAUGGGCAUGGGGCUCCCCAGGGCCACACUGGACUUCUUCCUCAGCCUGAACAUCCCCAUCUUCGAGAUGUACGGCCUGUCUGAGAGCACGGGCUUGCAUGCCCUCUCCGGCCACCAGGCCUUCCGGCUGCUGAGCUGUGGGAAGGGGCUCCCCAACACCCACACCAAGAUCAAGGAGGAGGAUAAGGAGGGCGUUGGGCACAUCUGCAUCUGGGGCCGGAACAUCUUCAUGGGGUAUCUCAACGACAAGGAGGGCACCCAGAAGAUUAUGGACUGCUACGGCUGGAUGGACACGGGGGACCUGGGCUUCUUGGACGUUAACAGCUUCCUUUAUGUCGUGGGCAGUAUCAAGGAUACCAUCACGCUGCGCUCGGGGGAGAGGAUCAAUCCCUACCCCAUCGAGAAGCGGGUGAGGACGCACCUCCCCAUCGUGCGCUACGUGGUGGUGGUGGGCCAGGACGCCCCGUACCUGUGCGCCCUCCUCACGCUGAAGUGCCAGAUUAACUCAGAGACGGGAGAGCCCCGGACGACGCUGACCAGCGAGGCCAUAGCUUUCUGUCGGAAGCUCAGGAGCCAGUCCACCAGGCUGACGGACAUCCUCCACAGGCGCGACCCCUUGGUCAUGGAGUUCAUCAGCCAGGGCAUCGAGGCUGCUAACGCGGAGGCGCCCUCCGAGAGCGCCAAGAUCAUCAAGUGGACCAUACUGAACAACGACUUCUCUGUGGGCGGUGGGGAGCUUGGAAUCACCACGAAACUGAAGAGGGCGGUUGUGGCCAAGAUGUACCAGGCCGAAAUCGAUGGCUUCUACCAGGGAUAUGGUUAA